GGGCGGGGGAGCCGCGCCAUUGUGACGUCACAGCGCGGCGCCGUGAGGGGACCGGGACGGUGGCGGUGAUGGCGGCGGGGGCGGCGCCGGGCCCGGAGCUGUGCCCGCACUGCCACCGGCCCUUCAAGCGGCUCCGCGCGCACCUCCCGCACUGCAAGGCCGCGCCGCGACCAGCAACGAGCCCCCGGGCCUCCCCCGCCACCGGCACCGUCCCGGGGCCCACCCCAACUCCCGGUCCCGCCGCGCCCCGGGAGGAUCUGAGGGGAGCGCGGGAGCCCGCGGUGCAGGACGUGGCCAGGAGCCUGGAUCUGCACCCCGAGGAGGUGGARGAGAUCCCCAAGAAGCUGCAGAAGGGAGUGAAGGUGGUGAUCGAGAAGCACCGAGCCAGGGUGGUCCGGGAGAAGGAGCCCGGCGGCAGCGCGGGAGCAGCGGGAAGGGCUGAGGGAGGGACGGAGCCCGGUCCUGCUCCCAGAAAAAAAACUGCUCCAAAAUCCAAGCGCAAGGAGACUCGGAACCAGGGAGCCGUGGGGAACGGGACUGCGAGCUCCAAAGGAGAAAAAAACACUUUAAAAGCAACAAAGGUACUUCAGGAUUCCUCUGAGAGCAGAAAUAGCCUCGGUGAGCUCAUCCAGCAGGAGAAAAGAGACAAAUCCACGGCAGGAGAGGAGCAGGUGCACCUGGAAKUCGGGGUGGGAUCUAAAGCCCCCGUGUCAGCUCUGCGCCCCAAGAACCUCCAUCUGUCACUGACGAAGGCGUUCAGAGGCCAGGGAACAUCCAAAAAUGAGCCGAGCAGGCUGCAGGGGCUGCGGGACAGCGGGGAGCAGAUGGACAGAGCCCAUCGUGAGCCCAUCGUGAGCCUGGGGGGAGCCCCGGAGCUGGCUCUGCUCCACAGCCCCAAAACCCAGCCCACCUGCUCAYCCCGGGCCUCUGGCAGCAGCUCCAGGGCCACUGCCACGGGCUUGGAGUGGUUUCCAGAUUUGUAUCCUGAUCGUGAAGGGCUGAGGAUUUUUCCAGGGAUGCAUUCAUUCCAGAAGGAUGUGAGGAUUGCAGCGGAGACACCCACGAGCCAUUUCUCACAGCCCCAGCAAGGUCCCCUCUCGGAGAGGCCCCUCAUGGAGGUGAGGCUGGGGGAGCUGCACACCUGGAUCAGCACCUGCAGCUUCUCUCCCCAGGGGCUACUGGGAGCACUGCAGAAAGCCUGGAGCAGUUACUGUGCCAAAUACAUCCACGUGAGGCAGGGGGGACCCGCUGGCAUCUCCAUGCUCCUGGCUGGCUACUGCCUGCUCAGCUAUGGCUGGAACUACCAGCACUUCAGUAAGGCUUCCUUGGGUUCUCCUAUUUCAGGAUUUCUUCCUUUUCCAACUGCUGCAAAGUUUUAUUUUAGCAUUCCUGUUAAUUAAAGCUCUGGAAUAAUUUAAAUCCUCCCCAUUUAAGACUAAUACCAGAGCUGAGAGAGCAGGAUUCUCUAGGUGGGCAGGGGAAUUUGCUUAAUAAAAGUGCUGAUAACAGUUCCUGACUCACAGCUUCUCCCAGGAUUGUCAGGAGCAUUUUGAAAAGCCUGCACAAAGCACAGGGAGAUGUUCCAACAGGAGCUCCCAUUCCCUGGAUUUCCUGAYAAAUCACGAGGGAUUUGCUGGUGUUUGGGUGGUUUCCCCUUGCAGCACAUGAGCUGCAGUUGGGCUCACCCUCCCAGCUGGAGCCCUCAAACAGMUCCCUGUGCUCACACUGCAAUGGUUUUGUCCCUGUUU